AUGCCGCUGCGGACUUUUGAGUCCACUCCGGAAAGUAACCCUCCACUUUGCAGUGACAGGCUUGAUGCUUUGAAGAGGUUAGUGGAACAAGCAAAGGAAGCCAAAAGCAGAAGGAACCAGAAGAACAAAGAAUCAGAAAAGCAAGGAGCUGAUGAUGUUGCCCCGAAGUCCAACGAGAGCAAGAAGCCAGAGGGUGAGACUUCUCUACAGACCACAACUUUGCUUGACAGGUUUGACGAUGCAGAAAGCACACAGGAGCAGAAGGUGGAAGAUGAUGAAGAAAGAAACGAGGAGGAAAGUGAAGAUGAAAAAGAGAAGGCAGCACCAAAGAAAAAAAAGAGCAAUGCUGAGAUAGUGGACAGCAGUGAGGAGGAUGUGACAGCUUUGGCCGCCAAGCCCGAGAAGAAAAAGAGCGAAGCACAGAAGAAGAUCGAGAAGAAGACCAAGAAGAAAGCAGCAAAGGAGGCCAUGGAGGAAGAUGAUGGUGAAGAUACAGAAAAUGAGGCUGAAGAAGAGAAGCCAGCAACAAAGAAAAACAAGAACAAGACCAAGGAGUCAGCAAAGACAGAUGAGGAUGAACCAAAUGAGAAGGCCAGUCGAGUGGGCCAAGCUUUGGUUGUCCAGCCGGAGAAGAAGGAGAUCAGAAAGCCGAAGAAGAAUGAGAAGAAGAUUGAUGAGGAGGAAGCAGAGGAGGAGAUUGAGAAAGAAGAUGACACAGAGGAGCAACAUGAUGUUGAAGAAGAGGAGCCAGCAACAAAGACAAACAAGAACAAGACCAAGGAGUCAGCGAAGACAAAGGAGGAUGAGCCAAAGAAGAAAGGCAGCCGAGUGGCCAAAGCUUUGGUCGCCCAGCCGGAGAAGAAGGAGAUCAAAAAGCCGAAGAAGAACCAGAAGAAGAUUGAUGAGGAGGAAGCAGAGGAGGAGAUUGAGAAAGAAGAAGACAAAGAGGAGGAAUAUGAGGUUGAAGAAGAGAAGCCAGCAACAAAGAAAAACAAGAACAAGACCAAGGAGUCAGCAAAGACAGAGGAGGAUGAGCCAAAGAAGAAGGCCAGCCGAGUGGCCAAAGCUUUGGUUGUCCAGCCAGAGAAGAAGGAGAUCAAAAAGCCCAAGAAGACCGAGAAGAAGACUGAUGAGGAGGAAGCAGAGGAGGAGAUUGAGAAAGAAGAUGACACAGAGGAGGAAUAUGAGGUUGAAGAAGAGGAGCCAGCAACAAAGACAAACAAGAACAAGACCAAGGAGUCAGCAAAGACAAAGGAGGAUGAGCCAAAGAAGAAAGCCAGCCGAGUGGCCCAAGCUUUGGUCGCCAAGCAGGAGAAGAAGGAGAUCAGAAAGCCCAAGAAGACCGAGAAGAAGACUGAUGAGGAGGAAGCAGAGGAGGAGAUUGAGAAAGAAGAAGACACAGAGGAGCAACAUGAUGUUGAAGAAGAGGAGCCAGCAACAAAGAAAAACAAGAACAAGACCAAGGAGUCAGCAAAGACAGAGGAGGAUGAGCCCAAGAAGAAAGCCAGCCGAGUGGCCCAAGCUUUGGUCGCCAAGCAGGAGAAGAAGGAGAUCAAAAAGCCCAAGAAGACCGAGAAGAAGAUUGAUGAGGAGGAAGCAGAGGAGGAGAUUGAGAAAGAAGAAGACAAAGAGGAGGAAUAUGAGGUUGAAGAAGAGAAGCCAGCAACAAAGAAAAACAAGAACAAGACCAAGGAGUCAGCAAAGACAAAGGAGGAUGAGCCAAAGAAGAAAGCCAGCCGAGUGGCCCAAGCUUUGGUCGCCAAGCAGGAGAAGAAGGAGAUCAGAAAGCCCAAGAAGACCGAGAAGAAGAGUGAUGAGGAGGAAGCAGAGGAGGCGAUUGAGAAAGAAGAUGACAAAGAGGAUGAAUCUGAGGUUGAAGAAGAGAAGCCAGCAGCAAAGAAAAGUAAGAGAGAGACACAGGAGACAGCAAAGAAGGAUGAGGAUGAGCCAAAGAAGAAGGCCAGCCGAGUGGCCCAAGCUUUGGUCGCCCAGCCGGAGAAGAAGGAGAUCAAAAAGCCCAAGAAGACCGAGAAGAAGACUGAUGAGGAGGAAGCAGAGGAGUCAAAAGGAAAGGGGCAGCCCAUGAUGAAGCGCAAGAAUCAUGAAGAUGAAGAUGCUACCCCGAAGCCGAGCGGGCCCAAGAAGAUGAAGAUGCAGAAAGCUGUGGAGGAAACAGCUUCUGAGACCAAGAAGGAUGAAGCCUUGGAUGGAGAUGAGGUGGAAAAGGAUGACUUGGAUGGAGAGUCCAUGGAAGAGGAAGAUCUGGAAGAAGAUGAAAUUGAAGAAAUCCAUCCCCCACAGGAGAUGGAAGAUGAGCCCAAGAAGAAAGGCAGCCGAGUGGCCGAAGCUUUGGUCGCCCAGCCGGAGAAGAAGGAGAUCAAAAAGCCCAAGAAGACCGAGAAGAAGACUGAUGAGGAGGAAGCAGAGGAGGAGAUUGAGAAAGAAGAUGACACAGAGGAGGAAUAUGAGGUUGAAGAAGAGAAGCCAGCAACAAAGAAAAACAAGAACAAGACCAAGGAGUCAGCAAAGACAAAGGAGGAUGAGCCAAAGAAGAAAGCCAGCCGAGUGGCCCAAGCUUUGGUCGCCAAGCAGGAGAAGAAGGAUAUCAGAAAGCCCAAGAAGACCGAGAAGAAGAGUGAUGAGGAGGAAGCAGAGGAGGCGAUUGAGAAAGAAGAUGACAAAGAGGAUGAAUCUGAGGUUGAAGAAGAGAAGCCAGCAGCAAAGAAAAGUAAGAGAGAGACACAGGAGACAGCAAAGAAGGGUGAGGAUGAGCCCCAGAAAAGCCGGGCCAGCAAAGCAGCAAAGUAUGUGGCCAAGGCCAUUGCCAAGAAGAAAGUGUCAAAGAAGAAGGAAACCGAGGGUGAUGGUUGCCUGGACUCAGAAGAGGAGUCCUCGUCGAAGUCAGAUCGCCCAGAGGAAUCGGACAUGGAUGAGGAACCUACAAGCAAAAAGCGCCCAAAGACUAAGGAAGAAAAAGACCCUAAGAAUGCGAAGACUCAGCCAAAGAAAAGAAAGGUGGAGAAGCAGCAGCAGCAGCAGCCUGGCACUUCCAGCAAGCCCAGCAAGCCCAGCAUAGCAGCGCGCGCUUUGGGAUUGGCAGAACGCAUCAAGCUCAGGCAGUCUGUCCCCAAAGCCAAGGCAAAGAGCCAGGCAGCCAAGACCAAAGAGGAUGAGGAAGAGAAGUCAGGGAGUGGAUCUGAGGCUGAGACUUCAGUCAUGGGGGAGGCCCGCACCAGAGCGAAGGCCAAGGCAAAGGCAGCAGCAUCAGCAACUUCUGGGUCUAAGGACAAGGCCCUAAUGGGAAGCUUUCAUUCCUUUCUCAAGUCUGAGAUCGCAGCUCUGGCAGAGAAGCACCCGGAGAUGUCCGGCAAAGACCGCUUGGCUUUGGCACGCAAAACGUGGCGCACCCAUCCGAAUCGAGUGAAGGUGAUGGAAGGGAUGAGCAAAGGUCAGUUGUCUCGUCGCCGACUGAAGCUCACUGAGGCCAAGACCACAGUGGACACCGAAAAGUCUUCGUGGAAGAAGUUGCUGGAUGAAUUUGAAGAGGAGGGCCACAGUGAUCUACACAUAAACGGUCACGACCUUCACAAAACCACUGAAGCAGAGACAGGUCGUCAAAAGAAAAAGGAUGCAAAAGCGAAGGCUUUAGGGAGCCAAUCGUGCCAGCAAGCCUUACCUUCUCAGUCCUCUACUUGUGAGAUUGUUGCAUGGGAUCCUUAUGAAAGCCCUGACCCAAAAAACAUUGCCAAUCAGACUACAGAACCUGAAGAAAACAAGAAAGCUGAAACCGAACAGUGGGCAGCAUUACUCCCGCAGAAAAAUGUCUUAUGUGGCAUGUGCCUUUAUGCAGCGUUGCAAUCAGAGAAAGGAGAAGAACAACCUCCCAAAAUCCAAAAGGCCUUGAAUGAGACGGCACGUCGUUACUGGGAGACUGGGUACAAGGAAAUGGAAAAAUUGACCCUGGAAAGCUACGCUUUGGGUUGCUUGGCUUGUAGCUAA